UUGACAGUAAGUUUUAACUAUGCGUUGGACGAGCAAUAGAUCUACAAAGAGCAACUGAAACGACAAGUACAUUUUACCAGCAAGUAAUGGCAAACGAACGUCUUCGAUCCUUGGAGGAUGUGGAGAAGGAGAUUGCAAUGAUACUGCAGUGUGCCGGUAACAUCAUUCUGGAGCUAUCCAAAGACAAACACAAUGCCAGCUUUCUAGACCGGCAGUUGGCUCAGUUUCAAACCUCUGUCAACAGAGUUGAGAGCGAACUGAGUGCCCAGAUCCGCUAUCUUACACAGGUGGCGACAGGUCAGCCCCAUGAGAGCUCCACCUAUUCAUCAAGGAAGGACUGUCAGAUGGCGCUCAUCAGAGCAGAAUACGCCAAGGUCAAGCUGGGGGAGCUAGGAAGGACUUGCGAAAUUAUGCUGGAUCAACAAACAUAGAGAGGAGCCAGAUGGUGGCUAAACCUGAAGUGUUGGUAAAAAUGUAGAGCAGAUUAGUCCCACAGAGUCAUGACACCUGGACUGGCAUUACUGCUGGUUUUUGGAUAUUGAUAGUCUUGCAUUUGAGGUCAGCUGAGGAUGAAUAUAUACAUGCUUUCUUUCACAAGGGCUUUUUAUGAUAUAAUUUAUGUCAUUUCAUAUUAGCUGAAGAUCUCGUGUCAAGUUUCAUGUUCUUAAGUGAAAAAGUGUAUUGUUUUUACAAAUUAACAAAUAAGGACAGAUGUGACAGCAGUAUAAUAACACUUUCUUUACAAUUUCUCCCAUUUGUAAAAUAAAACAAGCAGUAUUU